GAAUGAAAGAAGAAGAAGAACAACUUAAAAAACUCAAAAGGCAUGCACAUAACCAACAAAAAUCUGAAAUGAAAAAACUUUGGGCACUUGAAGAUGAUAAUGCGCAAUGGCAUAUUAGUUCUACAUCUAUUUCACAUAUGGCAGAUAUCCUGUCUUUA